GAGCAACAAGACCUACCAACACACCCCAUAUCCAGGAACAAUCGGUAUGAACUUCGACGCUUCCUUGGCCAGCAGCGAUGAACGGUGAUGCAGGACUCGUCGGAUGUCUGGUCGACAGGAUCGCCACCCGACUGCCACAUCGUACCGGAACCCAACCCCGCGAACUAGAUCAGGACGAAAUAGUCGCUAGCACCCGAGUGACACUUGUCAAGAUUAGCGCCACGAAUAUAGCAGCGAUCCUAGACUCGCUGAUCACCCUUCUUGAGGAGCUUGGUCGAGGUUACAAGAGCUUCUCUUCACAUCCUAGCCACGUUGUCUCUUCCGAAGUCUACGUUUUAGCCCUGGCAAGUGACUGUUGCGCCGCGCAUUGGGAGGCCGUCCGCUCCAAUAGUUUGCGUAAACUGGUCAAGCAAACCCAUACAAGGCGUGGGUCGCUGCAAGUUGUGCCCACGCCCCUGGAUGAUUCCCUGGUCUCGCGCCUACUCAAUGUCCUGAGGAACCUUCUCAAUCCGACCCCUGAUGGCUUUGUUCUCCCCGCGCACACCAUCCUCGGCCGUUGCUCUCGUCACUCAGAACGAGAUGCUCGGCUCGAGACUGGCGCCGACAGUCUUUCUCAGGAUGAUGUCCUCGCGACUGACAAAUACGAUUUGACCAUUUCACCAGUUUCCGUGGAAAGUCAUGCGAAGACCCUUGUGGAGUAUCUCACAGCCUCCUCGUGGACCAGCGUCUUCGAUCAUCUCAGGAAAGUCGUCUACACUAUUCGGACGACUGGAGUAGCUCAGCAACAGCCUAGCCAGCCUCCUCCCGUGGGCGAAGAUGACAGGGCCAACCUAGUCGCGAUUCGCCUGAUGUCCUUCUACUGGGUAGACAGCCAGAAACUUGGCCAGGUCAUCCAAGAGAUAUGCUCCAGUUAUCUCCAUCUCCGAAGGCCAUUCCAGACUGCAAUCGCGGCUGUACUUCCCUUGCUGGUUGUUAACUGGCUUGAACGGCAUCCUCAUGAGUUUGUACAGUUGCACACACUGCAUAAGCGGCUUGAUGGUGGGGUUGAUACGCUCUUUGACAUGACACAAGCUAUUGUGGAUAAUGGUCGAAAGAAAGGCAUGAUGUUCGCAAUGCAAAUCACAUUGCUUCUUUUGCUCCCUGACGUGUUCGAGGUUGCGAGCAAUCUACGUGAAGCCAAGAGCAGCAGCAUGGCUAAGAAGACGGCAUUCCUGGACGGACUGAGGAAAUCAUUGCGUAACAAAAAUGAAGCAGCAGCCUACUGUCUAGUUUUGUUGUUACGUGCUGCUCGUCAUUUUGAUGCCGAGGACGACACAGCCAUCGUGAGCUUUGCUCUCGACGUGCAGGAUGAGGUCAAGGACGCAGUCUUCCGACGAUCUGCACCUAACGCGGACGGUUCGCACUUCGAGCAGGACUUGCUGAGCGCAGCAUUCGUGGGUCUAGCUCAACUCAAUCCUGAGAGUGGCCUGGACGCGCUGGCUGAGACCUGUCUUGCUUCGGGCACACCUACGAGCUUUCGACGAGCUGUUAUACAGGGCUGCAGUUACCUUGCGAGACAGAACGACUCCCACAGGUACGAAGCACUGUUUGGUACAGCAACUCCUUAUAUGUUGAGUCAGCUCAAGGACAUUGCUGGACUGUUGUCAGAUAACUCGACUCUCGACAUCACCAUAAAGGCCUUGGAUCACCCUAAGGCCCUCAUGGCUUGUAAUGUGCUUGACUACCUGGAAGCUUCCCCGCAGUCACUUCUCGAAGUAGAAGAAAGAAAACCAGGGUCAACAGCACCAGCGCACAGCAUGUUCGAGGCAUUCCUGUGUCUUGUCUUGUCAUGGGACCCUGGCGUAAGGGCACAUGCUACUAGGGUAGCGAAACGGCUGUUUGUAGACCGUGCUGUUAUCGAGGAUCUCAGAUCUCAGGGCACCCUCGACUCUUCGACCUUGAAGAUCAGCUUCUGGAGGCGCAGUUGUCGGCUCAUUGUGAGCUUAUGCGAUCAAGUAAUGGUAGGCGGAGGCAGCAUAGCUGUCAGGGCAAUCUAUGACUAUCUUGCUGCAAGAGUUGUGCUGUUGAACUCUCUGCGGGAACUAUCUGAAGUACCCGGUGACAUCCCUGAACUUCCGACAGCAGCCUCGAAGACCGAAACGACCCUGUUGGUGGCUUUGUGUUCGGCUGACGUUGAAACGUGUCGAUUAGUGACGUCUCUGGUCGCCACCUCACUAGAGGCCAACGAAGCUGCAGAAGCAAGCCCUCAAGCUGCAAAAGUUCUAGCGCCUUUGCUUCGAAACAGUGACAUAUUCCGUGAGCUUGGGUCUGGUUCAUUUCGUUUCACGGGCCUUGUCGCUUUUCAAAAGCGCAUGCGAGGCUUGUUGAGACGGCUGCAAUACCCAACCAUUGGUAUCCUCGCAGCGUGGGAGCAUGCAUUUGAGAGGUGGUUGCUUCUCUCCAGGGAAGUCUCCUCGACACCAGCAGAUGCUAUUGAAGACAAGGUAUUUUCGGAAUGGCGCAAUCACUCUGGUUUUCUUGCAUCUCUGGGUGGCAUCUGCGUCGCCAACCCCGCCAUCAUUCUUGAGGAACCUACACUGAGCAGCGCGCGGUGGAUUGACCAGUUACCUAAUGACAAUCAUGAGGAACCACUCCUUGACCGGUAUCUGAGGCUGAGUAUUCAACUACUGGGUUGCAACAACAUCAGGGUUCGAGAAGCGACCCGGGAGGUUCUGUCUAGCGACAUCUCACCCACACUCUACCAACCUAUGUUCAGGGCCCUCGAAUCUGAGCUGGAGGUUCUCUUCACGGGAGCUUUAGCUCCAAGCGACCAAGCUCAGGACAUUGAAGUCGCGUUUGCAGAGCAAGCAAUUUCACUCCUGAAAGCUCUUGUUGAACGACUCGAUAGCCCCUCAGAUCUGGGCGCCGCAUCAUCUGUACAUCUUGGUGCCUUGACUUUGAGCUUUACCAAGUUCAUGGACAGUAUGGCCGACAGCACAAGCACACUCAGGGUGAAAAUCAAAGUCUGUCAGCUAUGCGAAACUGUCAAUAGGCGAAAAGAGCACCUUAAUCUGAGGGAUGAUGUGCGUAUCAGGAACCACUUGCUGGAAUACAUAUUUGGCUGGAUUGCUCGCCCACGAACGCCUCGUGGGGAUCCACACCAGGGCGUCAUGUUGGGACGUCCAGAUGAUGCCCAGCGAAUGCAGAAGGACUUGGACCGAGCUUGCCUAAGAUCACUGGCAGAGCUCACAUUUCGCUUGCCGCUGCAACCUGGCGAAGGGCAGACGGACGCAGGCGCGAGUGAGUUGAAGGCUCAGAUGUUUCAUACCUACUUCAAUCGCUUCUUGUCCUUGCUCAAUCACGACUCGUCUGAAAUCAACAAGGGCGACAUCAUGCCAACUGGGGUCAGCAGGGAUGAUACCGCAUCAGCCUCCGAGUUAGCGAUCACUAUAUUGUCCAAUCUGUUGAGUGCAAAUAUCGAUGUCGGCCUCAAGCAUUCCCUGAACAUCGGCUACCACGGCAAUGUCGACAUCAGGACAGCAUUCGUCAAGGUGUUGUGCAAUAUACUGAUCCAGGGCACAGAGUUCAGCAAUCUGACCGACUCGGCCGUAAAUGAGAAAUACAACGAACUCUUGGAUUUACUUACCAAGGACAUGACACUUGUCGCCGCCAUGAGCAUUGUAUGCCCGAGUCACGAGGUUGACGAGUUGACCAUUUCCCUCCUCACAAUCUUCGAGCAUCGAGGCCGAACCUUUGAAUUGAUUGAAACGCUAAUCAAGCAAGAGAUUGAACAAACUGAUAAUGAGUCUGAAAUCCUGAGACGGACUUGUGUCGCCACUAAAAUGCUAUCAGUAUAUGCGAAGUGGAAGGGACAGGCCUAUCUCAAAGCAACACUGCAGAAGGUAGUUGAGCGAUUGGUGCUCACCUCGAAAGAUCUUGGUUUAGAGCUCGACCCUGCUCGGGUGACAUCGAACGACGAGCUGCAGAAGAAUGCCCUGCAGCUUCGAAUCGUUGCCAAGGUAUUCAUAGACGACAUCUGCGCGUCCUCGUCCAGCGUUCCAAGCUCAUUCCGACAAAUCUGCAGUAUAGUACCGCCAGACAGUCUGGAUCAUGAAAGUAGCAUCGAAUCUUUCGACUUCGGGUCCUGCGUUGCCUUGCAUCGCUUCCUAUACGACCACUGGGAUCAUAUUAGGCAGAAGCUGGUCGGCCAUGAACGUAGGGACCACGUGCGCUCACCAGCCGAGAUUUCUCGAGUCCGCUCCCCUGUGCUCGAGCCACUACGUAACUUGAUCACAAAUCUAGGGCCGCCGCCCUUGGCAGUGACCUGGAACAGGCCGCAAGUCUCGACGAACACACCACCCUCAUACUCUAUGUUCCAAGACUUUAUGUUGCGCAACGCGUUUCGUGGUACCGAGUCGUUCCUAACCGCCAGAGCCGUGUAUGAUGGGGGAGAGAGCAAGGACGGACUUUCAAUAAUCUGUAUCAUAUUGCGGCACAUGGACUCGGAGAGCAUUGACUAUGAGACCUUGAUCUUUUGCUAUUUGAAGAUCGCCAGUCGCCUUUGGCAUAAGCCCUUCGGGCUACUCAUAGAUGCAACAUGCUAUAAUGGGCAGAAUGAGCCCCAAGACGAUCUCCUUCGGAAGCUAGACUCUCUCACGCCAGUCGAACUGAACCGCAAUUUGACGAGAGUUUACGUAUACAACAUGAACAGUGCUUUCCGGAAAUGCUUCCGUAGAAUUCUUCGAGUCUCUGCCAAGACUGAGAGCAGCGUUUUCCACCCAAAAAAUGUCGAGUACCAUCUUAUUGGGAGCCUGCAAGACUUGCAGGCUCACUUUCACUUGAGCCAGCUUCACCUACCGAAAGAGACAAUCAGUGUUGUGACGGAUACACGCUACGUUUUCCAGCCCAUCACCAGGCUUUCAAAAACAAAGGGAAAAAUUGAGGUUAUCAUCAAGGUUGGGAGCCAAUUUGUCCAGGUUACGACAACCAAAAAGCAGGAGGUUUUCCCAGGCUACCGGCUUAGCACGACAGUCAACGACAUUUUCCGCCUCGGGGAGGUUGAUGAGGCUCCGACAUCGAUUCAAACCGAAGAUGAUUCGGCAUUUGGACUCCGAGCCGAUAACGGUCGCAUUGUGAUGUAUUUCACCAGUCCGAAAAAGGUGGAUGUUCUACAAACAAUUCGCGGUGCUAAAGCCAAGUACAACAAAGACAGUCGAUCACACAAGGCUUACGAGCGACUAAUUCGACCACAAGACGUACCUGGGACUCUUCUCAACCUAGCAUUAACAAAUCUUUCAAGCGUCGACGAUGUUCUCAGGCUAGCUUCCUAUAAUCUUCUUGGCUCAUUGUGCAAAGCCUUCCGAUUUAGUGCUGCCUCCAAAAUGAUGUGCUUGAUCGACGUCUCGGUGCCCACAUCUGCGUCACACUUCAUCAUUGCGAUCAGUGAGCAGCUGGCACAGACAGAGCCACAGCUGACUUUCGACUUUCUCACCGAGUUUUUCGUGGGGUGGGAGAGCUUUUCUGACGACCAAAAGCCGAUAAGCCUGGCGUAUAUGUCGCCGUGGCUUCCUGGCCUGCGAACUGCGAUUCUUGCAAACGAGGCAGAUGGCGACAGGGGUAAAGAAAAAAUUGCUUCUUUGUUCCGGAAACUAAUUGACUUGGCUGUGGCCGAUCACUUCCUCACGUACACUCUGGAGCAGGUUGUUUGGCCCGCCAUCUCGCAGGAUGAAACGAUCCUGGAUCUUUUCCUGGAGGAACUAACAAAGGCUGCACUCAGCCUCAACCUUGCGGACGAGUCGCUAGAUGCUCUUUCUUCGAUAGUGGCCGGCAUAGGAACUAUCACCCUCCGGGCUAGGGUCAUUUCCAGGCUACGAAAGGCGUUGAAUCGAACCUCACUCCGCCCCACGAAAGCUUUGCCAGAUAACGUUGUGUGGGCCGAGAUCUGUGUAUUACUUCACUUCUGCUUGUCACUCUCCUUCGACAAUGGUGUCCAGGCGCAGUCCUUUCUUACCGGAGAUCUUCCACAUAGUCACCAUGCUUGCCAACACUGGUUCGGUAGAGAUCCGCAUCCUGGUUCAUCGUCUACUCGUCAACACUGUACACGCUGCUUGCACAUCUUUCCUCCUCGAGGAUCUGAGGUGUUGGACGAUUGGAGGAUGAGGGCAACAACCGACAUGUUCGUCUCGAUUGUGACAUCACUCUCCCGGAUGAUGUCCAAGCUCCCCUCUGCUUCGCGAUACGGACUUCAAUUAUUUUGGCUGGCGAUAUCUUUGCUUCGCCUGGUUCCGGCGGCUCUAUUCAAUUGCACAGCUCAAUUCCUAGAAGCUGUGCUAAGUAACAUCAACACAGUCGGCGGUCUCAGGGGCGAAAACAUGGCAGCAUUGCUUAUGCAGGGCAGAGUUCAGCUUGAAGAAGCUGCGGUGCUUCUAGAUGAUGCAUACGAUGUGCAUUUCUCACAGGAAUCAUUCCAUUUCGCUGUUUGCGCAUGCCUGGCGAGAGGUUUGGUCGACACUACUACGCGACAGGGUACCAUGAGGGUUCUCUCUUCCUUCCUUGAGAUGGCAGGUAGUUUUUCUGAUGACAGUGAUGGGCCGAUAAGAAGCUCAUUAGAUUCGCCAUAUAUGGCUCUAAUUCUAGCAAGGGUCGCGGGCCACCAGGAACUCAAGGAUAUCCUCUGGUCGUCUGGGGUGAAUCCGUCCUUGGUUGGCAUGGUCGCAAGUACACGACAGCUACAGGAUAUUAGUCGGGCAAAUGACCAGGACCUUCUGCUCAAUACGGCCAUUGAGCUGGUCGACUUCCAGUAUCUUGAGGACGCGAUCCAGGAUCGAACUUUAAGAUGGCUGGCCUUACUUGCCAAAGCAAGACCAACGGUUGUCCUUCAUUUGUGCGGCCCGCUGGCUACCAUACUGAACGACACUCUGUCGCAUUGCCAGAAUUCGACAACGUUAGAAGCUGCGCACCUGCUUCUACAUUGCCUUGCCUUAGAUCCUCGCCUCAACCAGUCACUCGAUACGCCUGUUCGACUGGAGGAUGUCUUGGACGAUCUUGGAUUCAGCGGGCUUUGGCGGUCUUGUUCGAUGGAUUCUGCACACGAACAGGACAGAAAAUAUUUCACCUUGACAGAAAGACUGAUUGAGCUCAUCAUUAUCUAGAUGAUGCGUCUAGUAAUACACUGUUCUCGUGCUAUUGUGCCAUGCGGAAACAUUGCACAACGUCAACAUUCUUGGUGUCACAACCAACUCGGGUCCCCUCCCAUGUCGCGAGCUGCUCACUACUUACUGUUGGUUAUUUUCGGGGGCUGCCCAGCGAAGGGCCAAUAUGUUAACAAGGGACAAUGUACCCUUUGCUCCCCAGCCUUGGGGCCCAGAUUCCACGUUUGGUCGGAUUGCCAUAUACCAUGCCCAUGCUCUCUGGUCUAGUUGCCGGGGAGUGAGAUGCUUGGCCCAACUCUCAAACAGCAACCUAAAACUUCCAAGAACCCUUGCAGCAUUUUCUCCAGCUUGUGUAUCUGUGAAAGAUGACGUCUUCGAUUGUCGUGCCCUUCUUCUUGGUGACCCGGAGGUCAUAGCAACGCUGGUGGGUUGAUCAGAGGCGGCUGCGAAACUACUCAGAAGAUAGUGUCUUGCGGCCUCGGGUUCGUGUACUACGAAGCCUAAUUUUCCAUGCUCACUACUGGGUCGGGAUAAGUUUGUCCCCUGGUUCCUCAUCGAAUCUCGAGGACUGGUGUCGAGUGCCCAAACCGCUACUUCCUGAUGCAGGUCGACAGGGUUUUGCAAGCGCAGUCCUUCCGCCAAAGCUUCGUUGACACAUCUGCGAAUC